CGAGUAGUUCAUGAUACCCAUAAUGUCUGUUGCAUGCAUGUGGAUGAUGAUGAUAAAGUUAGCCUACGUUAUAACGUUUUGACAAGAAGGAAUGCCAGUAGGUCUGCGCAAUCAAGUCACACUGGAUGCAUUCUCAAUACAAUCAACUCAGUGCAAAAAAGCCAACGUUCUAUCAGACGACUCCUGCAUAAUCACUGCGAGCCGUCAUGGCGCAUGUGGGGAGCGCGAAUGGAGAUGUGGCCGAGGAUGGAGAAGGUACGAAGAUGUUCAAAGACGUCCCAGAGGAUGACAUGAGACACGAACAUGCUAUCAAUGGAAAGGAGAAGGGAAUUCCACCGAACAUCGAUUUGCAACAUGAGCGGUUGUCUGGUGUGGCCAGACCGCCUAUAACAUCUCCCAUGUCGCCGAUUGAACCAAGAGUCUACAAGAGACGAUGGUUCAUGUUAGCUGUAUUCUGCUUAGUGUCAAUGACGAACGCUGCCCAAUGGAUUCAGUAUUCCAUUAUUGGUAACGUCAUCAGAGACUUUUACUCUGUGGGGUACCUAGCUGUAGAUUGGUUAUCCAUGAUUUACAUGCUGGCCUACAUCCCGUUAAUAUGGCCGGCUACAUGGCUCUUGGAGCAACACGAAGGAGGCUUGAAGGUCAUCGGAGUGCUCGGGGCAAGUCUGAACUGUGCUGGGGCAUGGCUUCGGUAUGCAGGGGCAACCCCUGAUACGUUCUUUCUUGCCUUCUUGGGGCAGGCUGUUUGUUCAGUUGCCCAGGUGUUUAUCUUGGGCAUGCCGGCUCAUGUGGCAGCGACUUGGUUUGGAGCGAAAGAAGUCUCGACGGCAUGUGCACUGGGUGUAUUUGGUAAUCAGGUUGGCGUUGCUCUUGGGUUUGUCUUACCGCCGAUCUUGGUCCCAAAUGACGACAACAAAUCCCAAAACAUGCUUAACAUGUUUCUUGGGAUGGCCUGUAUCACAACGGUUCUUCUCGUUCUUAUUUUUGCUGUUUAUCAAGACAAGCCACCAGUUCCACCGAGCCGUGCAAAGUUGGGUGCUCAAAUCUCCAGAACGCAAAGGUCUUACACAGACUCAAUCAAGAGUCUUUGUAGAAAUACUGGGUUUAUGCUUCUCGUUGUUACAUAUGGUAUUAAUGUCGGAUCUUUCUAUGCAAUUUCAACUCUCCUCAAUCAACUCAUUUUGACAGAAUUCGCGGAUAAAGAAGUUAUGGCGGGUGUUAUAGGUCUGACUAUCGUCUUGACUGGACUGGUAGGAUCUGCAGUGACUGGUGUAUGGCUGGACAAAACAAGAACGUAUAGGGGAACUACAGUUGUUGUGUACAUCCUAUCCCUUCUUGGACUUAUUGGUUUUACUUUCACAUUAAAACUUGGAAAUAUUUGGAUUGUGUUCGCUAUUUCUGCAUUCUUAGGGUUUUUCAUGACUGGUUACCUACCUCUAGGGUUUGAGUUUGCAGCUGAGCUGACCCACCCAGAACCUGAAGGUACUUCAUCUGGAAUGCUCAAUGCUUCCGCCCAGACUUUUGGCAUUGUCUUUACACUCUCCAUGGGGAAAAUAGUGACUGACUUCGGAACAUAUGGCGGGAAUCUCUUUCUAUGUGCAGCCAUGGUGAUUGGCUGCAUUCUUACAAUGUUCAUCAAAUCUAACUUACGGAGGCAAGAGGCUGAAAGAAUGCACGAUUUCCAAGCGAUUCCUACGGAGAUUGACGAGAAACAGAAGGAAGCCGAGCUCAGAGGACUCAGCACUGACGUCUGAUAAAUCAAAAGAACGUCUGUGUUUUAUAACACGCCAUUAUAAUACGGUCAAGAAUAUAGUCAACAGAAGGAAGCAAGGCUGAGGAGACUGAGCACCGACGUCUGAAAACGGUCAAAGUACGGGUUCCUCUUACGAGGGUCAAAGAUGUCUUCCGUGUUCCCUAUGGGUUACAGAACAGUCUACUCAUCUAGAUUAAACUAAAGGGCGUUGUGAAGAAAUAAACAUUUCAUGGUUUUUAAUGUUGUAUCUGAAUUUGCCGCAGUAAUUUGAGGGUGGGGAGAACCAAAUUUACAUGGUGUAAAACAUCUAAAACAAACUGUUUCUUUUAUUGUGGCUAUUCUUAUUAUUGUUUCUAUUAUUUAUAUUGCCAACAACAUAUAGACAGUCAAAAUAGACUGAAAUUGAGAUGCAAGGACAUUAGCAGUAAAAACGCCCUUGUACGGUAAAAAAUAUUACCAAUCAGGCCUGGAAUUUCAUCUUUGAGAGGGCAAGGCCAUUUUCAUUUUGCAAUGGUCACUUCCAUGGAAAAUUCUUUGGGAAACUAUUGAAAGGGGCACUGAGGCCAAAACCAUGCAGGAGCAACGGAUGGGCCUCCCUGGCCUCCCAGGAAUUCCAGGCUUGCACAUUGACAAAUAACUUCAGCGAGUGACUUGAUUACAACAUCUUGACAGGAGACUACACAAUGAUUGUAUUAAACAGUCAAUUAAGGAUGAUCUCAAAUAUUUAGAUAUUACAGUUUUCUAACAGCUGCAGUCCAUAGGAAACAUAACAAA